UCUGAUGGAUCCAGCAGUACCUUAUCUUACCUGAACAGCAGUGUUUACAAAAUGCUUCAUCCAAACUUCCCACGUAGUGACUCCCCCUAAAAAAUGACCAGUGUAAGGCUGAAUGAGGCAAAUGAUCACCCCUGUAAACUCCCCCCUCUUCUCCCAUUCAGUCCUCCAGGCCUCCUGGCGCUCUACGCAUGCGCAUCGCGGCCCGGUGGCUUCGGCCUCUUUCGGAAGCGCUCGGCAAAUUUCGCCUCUUUGUUUUACUGAUAGUGGAUUUAACUCGGAUUCAAGCCCUGAUAUCCGACGGAGUGCUCCGCUCAGAAACAGAUGUGUGAGCAGCAGUCCAGGAUGCAGAGCUAAUACUGGCCUCCAUCUGCUAGAAGAAGCCUGGCUGCCCAUUCUCUGCAGUAAACACAUGGCGGCAAUAGGGAACCCAGAGAUGCUCACGAGAAAGAUCAAACUGUGGGACAUUAAUGCCCACAUUACAUGUCGCCUGUGUGAAGGGUACCUGAUCGACGCCACCACAGUCACUGAAUGCUUACACACAUUCUGCCGGAGCUGUUUAGUGAAGUAUCUGGAAGAGAACAACACGUGCCCCACGUGUAGGAUUGUCAUUCACCAGAGCCACCCACUGCAGUAUAUCGGCCAUGACCGAACAAUGCAAGACAUUGUCUACAAGUUGGUGCCAGGCCUGCAAGAAGCGGAGUUGAAAAAGCAGAGAGAUUUCUACCAGAAGCUGGGCAUGGAGGUACCAGGUGACAUUAAAGGAGAGCUGUGUAACAUGAAGCCCCACCUGGACUCCCAACGCAAUGGUGAUGUGAAACCAGAGGACGGAGCCAAUAAGGACGGAGAAGAGAAACCAGAAGAGGAUAAUGAUUAUCAUCGCAGUGAUGAACAGGUGAGUAUCUGUCUGGAGUGUAACAGCAGUAAGCUGCGUGGACUGAAGCGUAAAUGGAUCCGGUGUUCGGCCCAGGCUACCGUCCUCCACCUGAAGAAAUUCAUCGCCAAGAAGCUCAACUUGACAUCCUUCAAUGAGCUGGACAUUUUAUGCAAUGAAGAAAUCUUGGGCAAGGACCACACUUUGAAAUUUGUUGUGGUGACAAGAUGGAGAUUUAAGAAAUCCCCCCUACUCCUGCAUUACAGACCCAAAAUGGAUUUGCUGUAGUUGGACAAAAAUGGUUGUUUUUGGCCCGGUGGCCCAGGACUGUGCAACACUCACUAUUUAUGCAGAGACUAUCAAUGCCCGCACCAAACAGACCCCUAUCCCAGGAGUCGAACCAGACACGAGCCAGCAAACAACGGAAACCAGCUCAGUUACUGCUACACUGGCGGCUUAGCCAAACAACUGCAGGCUU